ACAUCUGAAUUUUUUGUUUGUGUUACAAUUAUAAAUACGACGAAUACGUCAAAAAUAUAAAAUUAAUAUUCGGGAUCUGCUUAUGACGCUUAUCGAAUCAUAUUAUAUUCCAAACCAAGUUAAAACUAGUUCAGCUAAAUCUUUCAGCGCAACUAUAAAUAUGAGUCUUAAUAAAAAAACCGUCGCCACAUAUGUCGGUUUCCGGAAAAUAACGAAACAAAAGCCGUGCGCUGCGUAUGACGGGUUGGAAAAUUUAUUUGACAACGUAUUAAUUAAAGUUUUUUGAAUCGUUCAAUUCAACGUCGAAUCGACGAAUUGUAGCGAAACAUUUAAUUGACGUAACGAGAAAACUUUUGAAAACGAUGAAUAAACGCAAUCAAGAUAAGGAAAGCGAUAUGAGUGAAGAAGAUAAGAAGUUACAGGAAGAAUUGCUGCAAGCGGUCGACGUAUUAAACGGGAAAGAUGAAUCAGCUAUGUUGCUGUCGUUGAACCACAUGAGGAUGUUGAUACGUACGUCCACGACUUCGAUGACUUCCGUUCCGAAACCUCUCAAAUACUUGAGAAAUUUUUACCCGAGCUUGCGGAGCGCGUACGGGGGGCUCAAGCAGAAAGAGGCAAGGGUGCGUUUUGCAGAAAUUCUGAGUGUACUCGCUCUCGCUGGAGCUACCCCGAGAUCCAGGGACUGUCUGAAUUUCUGCAUCAAAGGGGCCGUGGAUAAUCCCGGGGAAUGGGGCCACGAAUACGUGCGGCAACUCGAGGCAGAGAUCGUCGACGAAUGGACGAAUGCGCCGAUCAGGGAGGAGCUCGAGAUCAGAACGCGUCUUACACCGUUGAUUAAGAGUAUCAUCGCGUUCGACGUGAGACACAACGCGGAAAUACAGGCGUGCGAUCUGUGCCUGGAGAUCGACGAGCUGAACUUCCUCGAGCAAUGCCUGGAUCCCACAAACUUUGCACGAGAGUGCCAUUAUUUAAUUAGCUGCGCGACUUAUAGCGAGGACACGGAGAGAAGACAAAUAUUAGAAUUUGCCACGGAGCAAUAUCUGAAGUUUAACGAGUAUACGAGGGCAAUUUUGGUAGCGCUGCAACUUGCAAAUUCGGAACUUGUUUUCAAGUGCUUUACCGCCUGCCCUGACUCUUUGACGAGGAAUCAACUAGCCUUUAUCCUCGCCCGUCUGCAAGAUCAACCCCUCAGGACGGAGUAUCAUGGAGACGAUGCUAAGGACAUCGAGGCGAUCCUUAGUAACGGCCAUGUGAACAGCCACUUCCAAAUUCUUGCCAGAGAGCUUGACAUACUUGAGCCAAAGCUCCCAGAGGAUAUAUACAAGAGCUGGUUGGUGAGCGGAUUUAGGCAAAUGGAGCACGAUUCGGCUAGAGCGAAUUUAGCGGCGAGUUUCGUUUCCGGUUUCAUGCACGCGGGCUUCGGCCAAGACAAACUGAUGGCGAAUACGUCGGAUUGUUGGGUGUACAAAAACAAGGAACAUGGAAUGUUAUCGGCUACUGCUUCGCUGGGCCUGAUACAUAUGUGGGACGUCGACGGCGGAUUAAUUCCCAUCGACAAAUAUCUUUAUACAAACGAGGACUACGUGAAAUCUGGUGCCUUGCUAGCGAUCGGACUGGUGAAUUGCGGAAUUCGUAAUGAAUGCGAUCCGGCUUUGGCGCUUCUCAGUGAAUACGUGAAGUCAAAUAGUCAGAUCCUUCGCAUCGGAGCCAUUAUGGGAUUAGGUCUGGCUUACGCUGGUUCCAGAAGAAAAGAUGUCACCGAACUUCUUUCUGGAGCUUUAGCCGAUGAGCAAACUAAUAUGGAAGUGUUAUCGUUGAUCGCCAUUUCUUUGGGCCUUGUAAAUGUAGGCUCGGGGGACUCCGAUGUAUCCUCGGCUAUCCUGUUGAAAUUACUGGGAUUAUCUAUGAAGGAACUCGUUAUCACGCACUCUAAGAAUCAUUUUUCAUUCAGAUUUUUGGCGUUAGCCCUAGGAAUGAUUUAUAUGGGAACGCGAGACGCCAUAGAAACCCCAUCCGCAGCCCUCGAGGCUUUGCCGGAACCGUAUAACUUUGCUUCGCAAACUAUGCUACAGAUUUGCGCGUACGCGGGCACCGGCGACGUAUUGAUAGUGCAAGAACUAUUAAGAAUCUGCUCGGAAGCGAUCGAGGAAGUAACGAGCGCGAAAACGACGCCCGAUAAUACUCCGAUACCAAGCUGCUGCGACCAAAGAAGACCGCAGAGUUCUGCCAAGUUAGAAAAGAAUAAAAAGAACGGCAGCCAAUUCGAGGAGUCUGCUAAAGAUAUUGGAACCCCGCAGGCUAUAGCAUCCCUUGGGGUAGGUGUAGUUGGGCUCGGAGAAGGAAAGGAAAAUUCGAGGAUCUUUGGUCAGGUCGGAAGAUACGGACCAACGCCGGCGCGACGCGCUAUGCCGCUCGCGUUGGCCCUAUCAUCUCUGUCGGACGCUGACCCAGCGGUCGUGGACGUGCUGAACAAGUACAGCCACGAUCACGAUGCCGACGUUGCUCUGAAUGCGAUCUUCGCCCUCGGCCUGGUGGGCGCGGGUACCAACAACGCGCGACUGGCGACGAUGCUGAGACAGUUGGCAGCUUAUUACGCGAAGAAUCCGUCUCACUUGUUCCUCGUGCGCAUCUCUCAGGGUUUGGUGCACCUGGGCAAGGGCACUUUAUCUUUAUCGCCUUUGCGGUAUGCUUCGAAAGUUUUAGACUACACCGCCCUGGCUGGUCUGAUGGUCGUCCUCGUUGCGUGUUUAGAUUGCAGGAAUCUCAUACUAUCUCAAUCUCAUUAUUUAAUGUACUACUUGGCGGUCGCGAUGGAGCCAAGGUGGCUGGUCACUGUGGAUGAAAAUCUCAAGAGCUUGCCGGUGUCGGUGAGGAUCGGCCAAAGCGUGGACGUUGUGGGGAAAGCGGGUAAUCCGAAAUGCAUUGUCGGCGGUCAUGUACAAACCACACCAGUGUUGCUGUGCGCGGGCGAAAAGGCGGAAUUAGUGUCGGACCAAUACGAGCCGCUUUCCGGUGUGCUGGAGGGUUUCGUGAUCCUUCGUGAGAAGCAGGCUGCAGCGAGUUAGGCAGCUCCGAGUUCGAUAUUCUGCGAUGAUUCCUUUGAAUUGCCUUUCGAUUUAGACGGAUUACCUUUGCCAAGUCGGAGAUCGACGCCAGCGAACACCAGCGAGCAAACGGAAAAGACCUUCCUCCGCGUAUCUACAUGAAACAGAUCAGGAAAUGGAAGUCUUGCGCGUACAGGCUUUGUUGCGGAAUACAAACUGUUCGAUUAUAAUUGACGGGAGAGUGGUGGUAACAUCGUUAGCCUUUUUCGUAUGUUUUGCAUUUAUUUAACUUUAGGGACUAGCGGAAGCAAUGUGCUCUAUACAACAGAAACAUACAUUGGUUCGCAUUGCACAGUGGGAACAAUAACGUUGCGCCAUGAUCAAGAAUGCCGGCCGGUAUACAAAAUCAAUAGAGCGUGACAUUUACUUACUGAUAAAGAACAAAAUAAAAGGGGAUUACACAAAUGCAUUUUAUGCGAGUAAAUAUAUAUAUAUAUAUAUAU